UGCAAUCAAAUACAUAGAAACUAAGCCUUCAAUUCUCUAUGUCUAGAAAGAAAAUAAAGCUUGCCUACAUUACCAAUGAUUCAGCAAGGAAAACUACCUACAAGAAAAGAACCAAGGGUCUAGUGAAGAAGGUGCAUGAACUCACUACCCUUUGUGGCAUUGAAGCUUGUGCUAUUAACCCUGCUGAUUUCGACUCCCAACCGGAGGUAUGGCUGUCCCACGCGGGUGCCCGAUGCUUGCUGUCCGAGUUCAAGAAGCUGCCCCUAUCGAAACAAAACAAUAAGAUGGUUAACCAAGAGAGCUUCCUUGAGCAAAGCUUAGCCAAAGCUACUCAACAUCUUAGGAAACUGCGUAAGGAGAAUCGACAGAAGGAGUUGAAAAAUGCCAUGUUCCAAAGCCUGAAUGGAGAAGGGAUAUUGCAGAGUUUGAAUUCGAUGGAUUUGAAUGAGCUGGGUCCGUUGGUUAAGCAAAACUUGAAGGAUAUUGACGAUAGGGUUCGUGUGCUUACUAAAGCGUCUUGUUCCUAAGGAUGUUAUUGACAGUGCUCUCUGGUUUUAGUGCCGUCUUUGUCUUGGGAUAUAUAGGAUUAUCAACUUCAAUUUUUGCUUGUAUUAUGUCGACCAAAUAUUGAACUCGGUUACCCCUUGAAUUUAAUAUGGUUCAAUAAAUUACAUAGAAUUCGAAUAUUUUAUGUAGCUAUUGUCUUUGUAAUAAUCGAAAUAUAUCAUUUCCCCCAUUUCAGAUUUCUAUGGAGUCAUUUUUAUGAAGGCUUAUUUGCAGAAAAAUAACAUUUUUUUUGAACUAGAAAGAAAAAACCAUAUUAAUGUUUGUUUUAUGAGUUUAGAUUAGUACUGAACUAUUUGGUUUUCUGAUACAAAGAGACCCAUACUUCCUUU